UAUGUGAUUGCAGUACACCUUCUGGAAGUCUGGCAGCCGCACGCCAUUGUGCGAAAUUGUUUCUUUUACGUACUUUUUACAAACAUUUAAGUCGUUGUCUAACUUUCCGAGUUUAACCGCGAGCCGUUAGACUCCAGCAAACGUGUUUUAAAUCAGAAGGGUUUUAUUUAAGUUGCGGACAUGGCGACGGACUCUUGGGCCCUAGCUGUCGAUGAACAAGAGGCCGCGGCCGAGUCGAUAAGCAACCUUCAGUUAAAUGAAAAUGAAGGCAAACCAAAAUCAGAGGAAAAUGGUGCUAAAAGAGAGGGAGAUGGUGAUAAAACAGAGGACGAUGACAAAGAGGACAAAGCAGCUCAGUCGCUGUUGAAUAAAUUGAUACGAAGCAAUCUAGUGAAUACUACCAAUCAAGUAGAAGUCCUGCAGAGAGAUCCAAACUCGCCGCUAUACUCUGUCAAGUCAUUUGAGGAACUGCGACUGAAACCCCAGCUGCUUCAGGGAGUUUAUGCCAUGGGCUUCAACAGACCCUCCAAAAUCCAAGAAAACGCUUUGCCCAUGAUGCUUGCUGAACCCCCACAGAACCUGAUAGCUCAGUCUCAGUCAGGCACGGGUAAAACUGCAGCCUUCGUCCUGGCCAUGCUCAGUCACGUGGAUCCCAGCAACAAAUGGCCUCAGUGUCUGUGUGUGUCUCCCACAUAUGAGCUUGCCCUCCAGACCGGGAAGGUCAUCGAGCAGAUGGGGCAAUUUUAUCCUGAAGUCAAAUUAAUGUAUGCAAUCAGAGGAAACAAAUUGGAGAAAGGGCUGAAACUCCAGGAGCAGAUUGUGAUCGGCACCCCUGGCACUGUCCUGGACUGGUGUCAAAAGCUAAAGUUCAUCGACCCCAAGAAGAUCAAAGUGUUUGUACUGGAUGAGGCGGAUGUGAUGAUUGCCACACAGGGUCACCUGGACCAGAGCCUCCGUAUCCAGAGGAUGUUGCCCAAAUCCUGCCAGAUGCUCCUGUUCUCGGCCACGUUUGAGGAGUCGGUGUGGAACUUUGCCAAGCGCAUCGUCCCCGAUCCCAACGUAAUCAAACUGAAGCGCGAGGAGGAGACGCUCGACACCAUCAAGCAGUACUACGUGGUGUGCAACUGCAAGGAGGAGAAGUUCCAAGCCCUGUGCAACAUCUACGGCGCUAUCACUAUUGCACAGGCCAUGGUCUUCUGCCACACCCGGAAAACGGCAGGGUGGCUGGCAGGAGAGCUGUCCAAGGAGGGCCACCAGGUGGCGCUGCUUAGCGGAGAGAUGCAGGUAGAGCAAAGAGCCGCCGUCAUUGACCGAUUCCGCAACGGCAAGGAAAAAGUCCUGGUCACCACAAACGUCUGUGCCAGAGGUAUUGAUGUGGAGCAGGUUUCUGUGGUUAUAAAUUUUGAUUUGCCAGUGGAUAAAGACGGUAACCCAGACAAUGAGACGUACUUGCACCGGAUUGGACGCACGGGGCGAUUUGGCAAGAGAGGCCUAGCGAUCAAUAUGGUGGACAGCAAGUUCAGUAUGAACAUACUGAAUCGCAUUCAAGACCAUUUCGAUAAGAAAAUCGAGAGGCUGGACACAGACGAUUUGGACGAAAUUGAGAAAAUCGCCAACUGAGGGAGAAGGAAGCCGCGUCUUCCCUCACUGCAAAAACGCAGUGCAGCAGAAGUUUAAAUGCGUAGGAUAAGCGCAGAGCCACGUCGGGGCACAUCUGCAGAAGCUGUGGAGAUGGUGCUUCUCUGGCGGCAUUUUUACAGGUUUUAACACGAGCCCGUUUCACUCUUUGUACUUCUUUAAUAAAAUCCAUAUGUGUAGUCUCUCUGUUGCGUGUGAGAUGAACGCCAGCGCGUUGUUGGUUCUCGUAGAGGGCACGUCUUUUGUUGCUCAUUGUCGUCACGCCAUCUGGUAAAUUUAAGGGAGAAAAUGUCUAUUCACGUUGUGUUUUUGUUCCCCCCCUGCUGUUUGUAUAUUGGACUCUAUCAGGUAUUGGAGGGACUUGCAAGUGGUUGCAUUGGCCACCUCCACAGUCUGCAGUGUUCACUCUCCAGUGGUUCUGUAAACAUGUACAUUUUAAUAUUUUUAACUAUGUACUUUUAUAUUUUGAGAUCUGGAUGCAACUACAUUAGAAACUGAGCCCCUCUAAAUAAGGGGCUGAAGUACUGAUCUCUCUACAGUCAUUUGAGAAGACUACUGUUGUAGUUGAGACUUAAAAUGGUAAAGUUUUUAUUGUGAUUAUAUUGCUCAAAUUUAAUACCUCAAGAACGUCAGUGCUAAUGGUAAUAAUGGCUAUCAUUGGCCCUGAACCCGUAGAAAUGCAGUUGCCAAAGUUAAAAGUGUAACAUCAUGCUAUUGAGUAGCCAAAGACUACCGGUACUGCCCUUAAUGAAAAAUGGAGGCAAGGUCAGUUGUGUAUGAAACUGUACAUGAAACAAUGUUGGAUUUGAAUUAGGAAGUACAAAGAGUGAAGAGUUAUACUGAUGGUGCAGUUAAAAUGGAGAAUAAAGGGUAACUAUAAUUGUGUGGCGGACGUUGCCCCGGUGUUGUGGGAGUUGGGCUUUGCUCACAUGAAGCAGAUAUGGAUGGCUGUCUUACCUUGCUAUGGUGUCACCGUUUAAAAUGAUUCUAGAUGUUAAAAAUGGGCUUUCAGGCAGCGAUUGAACCCUCAGUGUGCCGCACGUACUCCCAGGGAGCCAGAACAGUGAAAUUGUUUGUUUUUGGCACCCAAACCUCUUUUUCCACUCAAGGCCCUACAUCAUUUUAAAUUGUAUUUUUAUUGAUGGGGAAGAAAUGCUUGAAUGUGAUAAUUGAUAACUUAUGCUUUCAUUAAGUUGCUGUUACUUUGUCCAAGCCGAGUCCUUUUCUGAUGUUGCCUUUAAAAAUAUUUGAGUAGUUUUACCAAAAAGAAUUAAACAAAUAAAAUUUGACAGGCAUGUCAACCCUUAGUAAAACUAGCUGCUAUUUGGAAAAACAUUCCCAUGAGCCUUUGCCUACAUGUAAUCUUUGUUUGGAUGUUGCACUUCAAUGUUUUAAAUCUGAUGAGGGUUUUUAAUGUUUUUCCUGAUCAGAUGUGUUUACACAAGCAGCUUGUGAGCCUUUUUUUGGGGAGUAUACAAAAGCGCUCCCAACAACAACAAAAAGGGUCUGAUUCCAUGCGUCUAUACUUCAAGGAUGAGAUCUGUCUGUCUGAUUAUGGCCGAGAAGGUUGUUUUCCUGUAGUGCGAGACCUCCCGUUGCGGUCAAAGUCUCUUCAGCUCAAACCUUUUGAGAUUAUUUUAGCUCUCUCGUUAGCCAUGGUGGUGCAGUUGCAAUUGGCUUUCAAGAGACACCCAAGCAUCUUUAGCCAAUUAAUCUUAUUAAUUAUGAAAAUGCCGUCCUAUUUCCAAGUUCGACCUGACCUCAGCUGAAUGUUAAAUGACAAAAAACCAACCACACACACACACAAAAACAAAACAAAACAGUCUUGAGUGGGAGAGCGGAUGCCUGGUUGUUGCACUGAAUGUAUUAUGAAUUAUAUGUUGUAUGCUUCCUGUUAGCAGUUACAUAGUGACCAGUUCAGAGGAAUACAGUAACACAGGAUUGUGUGUGGUGACAUGUCUGAAUGAUAUGUUAGAAUAAAACUCAAAUACUCA